GAGUAAAAUUCUCAGAUAUUUCUUUGUGGAGUUUCAUUAAUGCAGCGUAGUUCGUUUUUUGGCAUAUUUCUAGGUGUUCUACUCGUACUCCUCUUUUGUGUAACAGAAGGAAGGUGUAUUGAGGCAUCCAACAUGAAUCUAAAAAGAGCAUAUCAACCUUCUUGGGAAUUAAUUGGCGGAGGAUUUCAUAUGCAAUUGGCUUUGAACUUCCCUAUAUGGGCUGAAACAGUCCGUGUAUCCAUAACAAUGGAUAAUACGUUUUUCUUUGAUACUGAAGAGAUCCGUCAUCAUUACAUUGUCACAGGUGAAAACGUGCUGGAUGGGGCAAAAGCAAAUCAGAGAAAAGAACCCAUCGAUCUGGCUCACGACUAUACUCCCAUGAGAGUUGAGUUGAAAGAGGAAUUCGACAUCGAGGCACCGUCAUUUAAUUUGCCAUAUCAAACUGCUACUGUAUCACUUAAUUUGGAGCGCUUGGCGACUGAGGAAAGCACGCCUUCGAACUUCCUUGAAGAAGGAAAACUAAUUCUUCCAAUUCAUGCUCGCUACCCGUAUGUGAUUCGCUCUUCAGAUGUUCGCGAUAAGGAUUUUUCCAUAAAUGUGUUAUUUCAUGGCAGAGAGGAUGCCUUUCAAAAAACUUGUCUUCACGAUCUAAAGGUAUCUUGGACCUCAAAUAAAUUUGGUGAUGGAGAAAGCUCCAACAAAAGGCCUCUUUGCCAUCGCAUCCCUACCACGGUAUUAGAAGAUCUUCCAAUUGUAUAUUACUCCCUUAUUAUUCUUCUAUGGCUUGGAGCGUCUCAAGUGUUUGCUUGUCUGUAUAUUCGAUGCUAACUUGCAAGAAUCAUUUAGGAAUACAUAUAUAAAAUAAUAUUAGAUAAUAGCGCUCCCUUUUUAUAACGAAAAAGUGAAAUUAUUGGUCAAAAGGCAAGA